CAGUCAGUUGGUAGAGGUUCGUGACCGCUUUAAUUCAUAUCUUAUUAGCGAUCCUCGGCGGAAGCCCCUGGUCAUCGAUACGAGCGGCGAUCUGUCUGUAUAUGACUUGAGCCAGCCAUGUUUUCGAAUGUUGUGAUGGGAGUAGAUGGAAAAUGGGAUGAUGUGCCGCCGCCGUUCGCGAAUGCACAUUCAUUCCCUCAGAGCAAAAAAUCUUCCUCUGGACCUCAGCUUCAAGUCCCUAUUCAGCGGACACACCCUCCGUCCACGGAUGCGUCGCGAUCCCGUUCAAUCGAUGCCCGGUAACCCUCAAAAGAGGCACGACUUGUCCGUCCAGACUCACAGAGCGCCCAGUCCUUCCUUUGGAACUCGUGCCACUACAUCAUGCUAUGCAUCGACCUUGACUCCUACCAUCAUAGACAGACGCGCUCUUACCCAUAUCGCCAAUAUUUUUCGAAUAAACCCAUCUUAUCGCCAGGAUCCUGAUAAAUUGGUGCACAUUCUACAAACACGAAGUUUAUUCGUCCAAUAUUGUCGGAAGAUAAUCUCAAUACUACAGUUGAUUAUCUGGUGAUACAAGUUCUUCCGACAACUCACCCUUGACGCCAAACAGUCAGGGCGCUAGCGGUCCCAGUUCACAUCACCGAUGGGGGUCGUGUCCGUGAUACAU